GUGAUGCACAAAUGUGUUUGACAAAUGUUGUGGCACGGUGGCCUGGCUCUACCCAUGAUUCGUUUAUCCUGCGAAAUAGCAGUGUGGGGAACAGACUUCAAGCAGGGGCUGUGCAGGAUGGCUGGCUUAUUGGUGACCGUGGUUACGCUUUGCAAACCUGGCUCCUCACCCCGCUCACAAACACCCAGAAUGAGCAAGAGCAGCGGUACAAUGAUGUACACACUCGGGCUCGGUCAGUGGUGGAGCAGACCAUUGGGCAGCUGAAAGGCCGUUGGCGCUGCCUGGACAAGACCGGUGGCAUGCUGCUUUACAGCCCACAAAAAGGUUGUCGCACUGUGCUGGCAUGCAGUGUGCUGCACAAUGUGGCAAACACACGUGGUGUGCCUCCGCCACAGGUCGAGGCAGAUAUGGAUGAACCUGACCCUGGGCCCCAUAACAUUAGGCCCAAUGCAGCAGCCUUACAGCUUUGGCUAGAGGUCAUACAAAGCAUGUAAAAAGGUAAGACAAGAUGCAUUUACUUUUUUAGUUAUUUUAUUGCGUCACAUAUGUGAGUCAGACCAUCAUUAACUCGUCUUAAUUCUGUCACUAUUUCCCUCAUGGUGUUCACAAUUUCAUUUUGUGACUGCAGCACAGCAUCCGUGAGAACACGGCCAGUCUGGUGUCCCUCGGAAGCGGAGGCACGUGGCGCAGCCGAUCCAGGGUGCACUCCAUUCCCCGCGGUGGAGGUGCUGGCCACACAUGGAUCCCCGUAUCCCCCUCCUCCUCCUGGGUCUCCCUCGUGCCAAGCUCAGUUUCCACAUUAUCUUAAAUAAAC